UUAACUUCCAAGUCGUGAGAAAGUGAAAAGCUGGGCUCGGCCCACAGGGCGGGUGCACACAGUGAUGUCACCUCGGGGGAGGAGUCGGUGAUGUAAUUCUGGUAUAGACAGAAAGGGAGGGGAAGAGAGAGGAAAAAGGAAGCUAGCCGAUUAGUUUUGUAUAUAUUUCUGCAAGUAACACAAACUUUCUAAAACCAAAAGUAUGAUUGUAGGCGUAGUGAGGAUCAACAUGUUUGAGAGAGACAUCUGACGGGGAGGACGGACACUGGUUUGGCCACAGUUGUACACAGCUGAUGACAGCAUUCAACCUUAAGGGUUUUUUUUAAGGCCUUGGGCUUCGAGUGGCUAUAGAGAGACCCCACAGAAAGAGGGGAUGUCCUCUGAGCUGGACUCCAGCCUCACCAGCAUAGACUGGCUGCCUCAGCUGGGCAUCAGCAGCCUGCGAUCAGGCAAAGAGCGAGGAGGAGGAGGAGCGGAGAGGGACAAGAAGAAAGACAAGGGGAGGGAGAGAGUUGAUUUCCUACCUUCUGUGCCAGACCCCACUCCUUUUAACUCAAAAGGCAAGCCCCCUCACAGCUAUGCCACACUCAUCGCCAUGGCGAUAGCAUCUGCACCUGAGAGGAAGCUGAGUUUGAACGACAUCUACACGUGGAUCAGUAACACGUUCCCAUACUACAGCCGAGCGGGCCGCGGCUGGAAGAACUCCAUUCGGCAUAAUCUGUCCCUCAAUAAAUGCUUCAGGAAAGUCCCUCGGCCGCAGAGUGACCCUGGAAAGGGUUCCUACUGGACGAUGGAUGGACCUCCAGAAGUAAAUCAACUGAGGGCGCUUAAACGCACUUAUCUGGAAGAGGAAGAGCAGGAGGUGCACAAUGAGCUGCUGGUGUCAGGAUCACAUGCUGAGAGACGACCGUCUCCUCAGCCGCAGCAGAGCUCCUUUGCAGAACACCAGCUUGUCAAAUCGGACUCACUGGGUGUUACAGAGCGACAGUCACCCCAACCCGCCUCCCUGUCUCCUCCUCCGUGCAAGCAGUCUCCCUACAGGACAUUCCCUGUCUCCAGUCCACCUGACCUUCGCUUAACUGUCUCUUCUGCAGCUCGGCUCCCAUCUGCUGUCCCUCUGUCUUCCAUCAACUGUUUUCUACCUCCGCACCCACCUGGCCACACGUUUUCCACCCCUACCUCUUCUCCAGCUGUUCCUCCACUGUCUGACACCACUCUGUCCAUUCCUGCUACUUCAGGGUGCUUGUCUAUCCCCACUUUCUCUGUGAGUCCUCACCCCGCACCUGGCCUGCCUGUGUCAGGCCCCGCCCACUCUUUUUCACCUGUUACCCUUCCCUCUGCUGCUCCUGCUGCCUCAGUGAUCUCCAUUGAUCCUUCCCUCCGUUUCACCUUUGACGAGCUGAACUUACCCGACUUGUACGCAUCUUUUAAAUCUCUCGUCAAGAAUAUACGUGAGAGGGAAGGCUCGCAGUCGGACGUUGCUCCCGUGGCUGUGCACACCAAUGACACGACCCCACUUCACACUCCGACUCUGCUGCCGGUGUCUCCGCACCCUGCAGCCACGCAACCUCCUGAGACAGAACGCCUCUGUCAGCACAGUGAGUCUCAUGUGACUAAGGAGGCUAGAGGUUCUAGAAAUGUGGUAAAACCAGCAACAUACCAAAAAAGUUCUGAAGUAACCUCACAUCUCUGUGCAGCUGUGCCGGCAGACUGGUUCAGUAAUACAGAAUCUCUGAAGGAGAGCUUCCGCAUCGUCAGUAAUCUAGACUGGGCAAACAUAGACCUCUCUGGGCACCCAGACUUGCUGGAGAGCAUGCGCCAGGCUGAGCUCUGCGACUGGGCUCUGGAUCCAGUGCUCUUCAAUUCCCUCUGCGAUUCUCUGAACCGUUUCUUCACUCAGAAAGGGAUGAUCAGCUCCACCUUGGAGAACAACUCCGCACUCGCAAUGGGAACGCAUCACUCCUUACAGAUCCCACCAUGCCCCUCCAAUCAACCUCCUACUCUGUCCAGCCUCACCCACCCCUCCCCCCUCCCUUACCCUCCCAUGAUUCACCCUGCCAGUGGGGCGCAGCCACCACGGAGGGCCAUGCAUGCACAGGGUCAGGGUCUUCACAGACCCCAACUCACACAGCCUACCAACACUACUGCUGGGAUACACCAUCAGUCAACGGCACCUCAACCACAUCCUCCAUUAAAGAAUCUUCAUAGCAACAGCGAGGAGAUCCAAGACGACUUUGACUGGGAUUCUCUAAUUGUUUGACCCUCAAUCUGUGUGAAGAAAGCAUAUCUGAACUUUGUAGAGAUCUGUGACUGAGUUUUCUCUCAACAUUAUCGAGCAACACUGCUGAAGCUUCUCGCUGUUGGAAACUGAAUGUUGUAUUUGGAGGAUAACAGUUGUACAUUGUUCCAGUUUCUCAUAUUUUUGUCUUAUUUAGCAAUAAAAAUUGUAUUUUCUGAUGGAUUCCAUUCAUAAAUUGUCUGCACUGUAAGCAUUUGGACAAUGGCAGUCAUUGUAGUUUUGCUUUUGUACCAGCACAAUGGAGGUGCAAUGAACAAAUCACUUUUACAGCCAGUUUUCUUUGAGACAAGGCAGUGGAUGGAAACAUGCAACACUAUUUUUUUAUUUCUUAAUAAUAUAUGCAAAUUUAGUCCAAGGCAUAUUCAGUGACUUGGAAAUGUUAAUAUAACCAUCUGACUUUUCUAAAGAACUGGCUCAAGGUGGUCAUUUGUAAUAAAAAUACUUGUCCAAUUACUUUUGGGAUCUGAAAAUAAAAUUAUGUAUACAAAUGACUAUAAUUCCUAAAUGCUUAAUGUGAUUUUUUUUGUUCGGCCGCUUGAAUCGAAGCUGAAAAUAAACAUUAAAACUUGUUUAAGUUUAAAUUAACUCUAUUGUGGUGUACAGAUAAAAUGACAAAAAACAGCCAGUCCAAAUACUUAUGGUCUUGAUUACCAUUUUGCUGUUGCAUCAUUGUAUCUUGCAGCAUUAAAAUUGGUAUAUCUCAAUAAUCAUUAACUGAAGUGUAAAAGCAUUAAAGAAGCCAGACAUGUUUUCUUUUUAUUUCAUAAAUUUGAUUUUUUUUUUGUUUGCUUUUAAUUUUACUUUUCAAAUGUGAAUGUUCACAGUCAACACCACAGAAAAUUCAACCUUACCUGAUAAAAGACUUUGCCAAUAUAAAAUAAACUCCAACUAAAUUAAAAGCAUGGAGCAUGUCAGCCAGUCCCCUUCUUUUCUCCAAGUCACUGAAAUAAUUAAAUUUUAAAAGCAUCAGUGGCUCCUCCUCACAGGGCGGGGCCAUGAAACAUGGACAGUGGUCUUCUGGGACACUGUUACAAUCCCACAGUCUGAUUGAGCAAAAACAAAAAAAAUAAAUUAAUCAACUUUUUUUUUUUUAAAUUGGCAGAGAAAUGCGACCCACAUAACUCAUUUGAAAUCCCAUGAUUAACAUAACACAAAAAUAAUAAUGGUUGUAGUAUCUUACUUUUGGAGUCACAGAUCUUGAUAUAUUGGAGGUAUGGCAAGUCCAAGCACACAUACUCUCUUUCACACUUAACAUUCAUAUUCUCACCCUCACAUUCCUGCAUACGAUUUCAAACAAUCCAUCAUUUUCCCUCUGACAGACAAACAGCUGUCUGCUUUCCACAAUGACUUUUUGGAAGUCAUUGGUUUAUAUGGCAUCAUUGUAUGAUUCUUUUCCACAUUAUUUUGUUCCAUAUCCGGAAAAAAAUAAAUUACAUUUUCAUUAAAUUAUAAGUGAAAUAGUUGAAACAAUCGAACCAUAUUGUGCCUGAAAUGCUGACAAUUAGUUCAGUCCGUUCCUCAGUCGGGAGCUGGUUGAAAAAUCAUCCUUCAUGCUCUUGUUUUAUUUCAGUGUUUGUCUUCAUACUGGAGGGAGAAAAAGAGGAGGAGGCAGGUGCAAGAGUUUCUUUUUCAGUUUUAGUGGCCAUGUCCCCUCUCCAUCUCUCUCUCUCAGUGCAGUAGUAGCAGAGUACAGUAAAGUGACACUACUGCUCUCAAACACUUCAUUUCACAUAGGACUGAAAAAAAACCCCCAAAAAAAACAGAAUGAGCAACACAGAACGA